AUUCAGUCAACUUUUAUAUGCGUAUAGUUUAUUUAAAGUCUAAAUAUUAACAAUUUUAAUUUACUUUUCAGAGACUGUAAUACAUCCUUAAAUUAAUCGAGAUAUAGGAAUUCAGCCGAAAUGAAUUGAGAUGAUUUACAGCUUGUAGCACACGUGUAAAAGUAAUUAGUAUCACAGUACGAGAAAAUGAGUAGUGGACACAGUAAAAGUAAAAAUUGUACAACAAGUAUAAAUCACGCGAGGUAUUCGCUAUGAUCCACGUGCGGAAGAUUACACGUGAAAAAAAAAGUUGCAUAUAGUUUGGCUAGUUGAGUGAAAAUGCGUAUUAAUAUUUUGUAUCGUCAAUUGUUUAGCAGUGUUGUAACUUUUUUUAUAUGUGUCUAGUCUUAUUCCCUUGUUUUGGGCAUGAUGUAAAAUUGAGAGAUAUAUAUAUUUAUAUAUAUAUACAAUUCGUACUUGUUUUCUAUGUAAAACACGCAGCAGCGAAAAUAGCGAAAAUCCGCCGCGGUCCAAAAGCGCACGAAGAGCAAAUGUUUGAUUUGUUUUCAUUUGUUGUCACAGAAUCUGACUUUUUGCAACAUAGCGAGCCAUCCUUCAUGGAAACGACAACGAUCGAGGUGGAUCCUGUUACUCAGGAAAGCAUAACAACGACUACGCGAACAGAAACGAGGACGAUAUCGUCUACUGGAGCCGGUGGCACAGAUGAUUUGCGGGAAUCGAUGCAGAAGAUUAUGGAUACAUUCAUGACAGAGGAGAAGAAGGAUCAUUAGGAAUAAUGCACGCGUUCUGCCCUUCGAAUUUACGAUGAAAAAAACAAGAAAUCGACGUUGAUCCCCUCGUCGAUCCUUGGAUCCCUUUAUCAAGGAAAGCAUUUCGAUAGACAUUGGACUCGACGCGUCCUCGGGCGUCGAGAGAUGGUUUAUGAUCUUGGGGGUGAAAACACUUCACCCUCUCGGGGUGCUACCUUUCUUAAGCCACACAAAAUAUGCACAAUGGUUUACUAUCACGCUCAUGGCCUACGCUUCGAAUUUGCUUGCCUUUCCAUUCCGCUCGGUUGCCUUACCCUUUUACGUUCGUCGAAAUCUCGCGAUCUAUGAUAAUAAUGAUGAUAACGAAGAUAAUGAUGAUGAUGUAUCUGCGUAUGUCGUUGCUAGUCCGACUAGCCGAUUCGCGCUAGUCUUCACUAUGCCAACCCGUCCAUGUAUGUAUGCAACGCCUUUCUCGUAUUGUCUGAAGCUAUAAUGCGAAAUGGAAGGGAAAAAAGUAUCGAGCGAAAACGAUGGAAAAUGUCAGGAAGGAAGAAAUGCGAAAAAGGCGGGAACGCAAGACAAAAUAAGAUCGAACGAGUCUGCCGAUAUCAGCGAUCGUCUAAAUUAAUAAGAUUUUCGCGAGAAUAGCUCUGUUAAGCUUUAAGAUAGUUAUACUCUAUCCGCGCAAUAUAUUGCUUAAUAGAUCGGCAUUACACAAUAUAUAUAUUAUAUAUAUAUUUUUUCUUUAUUAACACUUUCGACGGUUGACAAAAUUUUCGAAAACGGAAAUAAGGAAUAAAUUUCUUGUUGUUACUCGACUGAAGUCGUGAGUUCAGGCACAAUAAAAAAAAAA